AUGAACGUGCACAUACAUCGCCAACAGUCAUCUGCGUGUCAUCGGCGGGUGCCGACUCGCGUAUUGCGGGCAUCCCGCAACGCGAACUCUGGUGCGCGCGACACCUGCCUUUCGCGGAUGGUCGGGGUGGCGGGGCGUCGCGAGGCGAUAUUUAUGCAGGAGUGGCAGAAGAAGCGCGCAGGACGCGCUUGGGUGUUCCGGAGCUCAGGCAUCGCGAACUUCGAAGCUCUCGGCAGGACGCGACAUGAAAUCACUGAGGGAACAUCGGCUCGAGCUGAUGCUGCUCGUCCUGGAGACUGCAACGCGACGAGACGACGCUUUGGCUCCAAAUUCGAGCGACAGGCUUAUGUACUGAUUACCCAGCGCGACGACGCGGGGGCUGGCCCGAGAGUGCAGCGGCGGCAUCAGUGCGCGUAUGAGCAGAGCGACAAGGCGAGGUGGCUUGGCAGGAGGGUGUCUGCUUGUAGGAAAAGGACCUGUGAGUCACCGCCGCGCAGUCCUUGGACCUUCCCGAAGUGGCGCGAGCGAUCCCAACGAGCGGGGAGGGGGAGUGGCGGGGGGCUGGGCAGUGGGGCGGGGGUGGACCCUGGGGACAAUAUUUCUCCCCGCUGCCACCUGCUCCUGCGUCUGCUCCUCGUCCUGACAAUUUGCAAGCGCAUUUUCUCGCCAAAGAGCGACUUCUCUCACUGUCUACUUCUCCUCUGGCGUCACUUGGGCCUACAACCCAGGCUUUUGCACCGCGAGAACGCUCGUCGCUUCUCUCUGUGCGAUGCGCCCACGCCCGACGGCUUGUAUACGGCUUCGCGUGCGGCUUCUGUCGGUGACGCGCCGACGGCUUCCACGACGCUUCUUCUUGCCAACUGA